ACACACUCUCCCUCAGAGAAAGAGAAAAAAAAAAAAAAAGAGCAAUGUUUAGCCAGAGCUUGUUUGAGGAUCAAGAUAUGUCAUCACAACUUGGAUUUUUCUCUUUUCCUCCAAACAACAAUAUGGGGAUUAAUACUACUCUACCAUUUAUUGGAUACAACCAAAAUACUCUCAAAACCCUCACAAUGAUCCCUCCUUCUUUUGCACCUUCUUCAGAUCAUUCCCUAAAUAAUGAAUCAAGGCACAAAGAGGACCUUACUACUAGUACUAUUUUUGGAGGACCCCAUCUUCUUUCCUUGCAAAAGUCCACUGCAAAUGCAUGGGCAUGGGGAGAAAUGAAUGAGAGCAGUAAUAUCAAGCGAAGAGAGUUUGAUCAUGAUCAUUUAGGGGUUUCAUCAAUUAAGAUGAAGAAGAUCAAAUCAUCAAGAAGGAAAGUAAGAGAGCCAAGAUUUUGUUUCAAGACUAUGAGUGAUGUGGAUGUGCUGGAUGAUGGUUAUAAAUGGAGAAAAUAUGGCCAGAAAGUUGUCAAAAAUACCCAACAUCCAAGGAGCUAUUAUCGCUGUACACAAGAUAAUUGCAGAGUUAAGAAACGAGUGGAAAGAUUAGCAGAAGAUCCAAGAAUGGUGAUUACAACAUAUGAAGGCAGGCAUGUUCACUCUCCAUCACAUGAUGAAGAGGAUUCACAAGCAUCUUCUCAACUUAAUAAUCUCUUAUGGUAGUUAAAAAUAUGGCCAAGUCUUUUAUAUACUCAUUUUUAUUAACCCUCUUUGGUUUUUCAUGUAAUGGAAAUUAGGUUCAUUUCCCAGUUUACAGAUAAUGCUAUUAACUAUAAA